CUCCACCACAGCUGGCCCAUUUUCUUGAUUUUGCAACAGUCCAAUGGCGGGUCUGCAUACCUCGCUGAGGCCGCAACCACCGUCUUCUGCAGCCAACAAUCACUUCUUCAUUGUGAAGCUUCUCCUCCUCCUGACCAUUCUCCCUUUAUCGCUUUCUCUCUUCGCUUUCUUUCUUCAGUGGCGAGGCGGUGGCGUCGACGAUCCCAUCUCCCGAUGGUCGCCCGAUGAGUCCCACAAGUUCCCCGGCAUGGACUCUUCCCCUCUUUCCACUGGAGGAUACUCAUCUUCGCAUUCCUUUGAUUGUUCUAUGCUGUUGGGACACUCCAAUACGGCGUCAUUUCCUUACUACAGAGACUGGAAAUUUAAAUUCGAUUCGGAUCUGAAGCCCAAGAUAUGUAUUACAACAAGUACGUCUGCUGGCUUAGAGCAGAUUUUGCCAUGGAUGUUCUAUCAUAAAGUUAUUGGGGUGUCAACCUUUUUUCUCUUUGUUGAAGGGAAGGCUGCAUCUCCUGCUGUGUCCAAAGUCCUUGAAUCCAUUCCUGGAGUGAAAGUAAUAUACAGAACCAGAGAGCUGGAAGAGCAGCAAGCUAAGAGUCGGAUCUGGAAUGAAACAUGGCUGUCAAGUUUCUUUUACAAGCCUUGCAAUUAUGAGCUUUUUGUGAAGCAAUCGCUCAACAUGGAGAUCGCAAUUGUCAUGGCAAGGGAUGCUGGCGCUGAAUGGAUAAUUCAUCUAGACACUGAUGAAUUGUUACAUCCAGCUGGUGCUCGGGAGUAUUCUUUGAGGCAAUUGCUAAUUGACGUGCCUGGGAAUGUGGACAUGGUUAUCUUUCCCAAUUAUGAGAGCAGCAUUGAACGAGAUGACAUCAAGGAACCUUUCACGGAGAUAUCGAUGUUUAAGAAGAACUAUGAUCAUUUAAUGAAGGACACUUAUUUUGGCAUGUAUAAGGAGGCAACCCGUGGCAAUCCGAACUACUUCUUGACCUAUGGAAAUGGGAAAUCAGCUGCUCGAGUCCAAGACCAUCUUCGUCCCAAUGGUGCACACAGGUGGCACAAUUACAUGAAAACUCCGAACGAGAUCAAAUUGGAGGAGGCUGCGGUUUUACAUUACACAUAUUCCAAGUUUUCUGAUUUGACUUCUAGGCGGGAUCGUUGUGGUUGUAAACCUACAAAGGAGGAUGUCAAGCGAUGCUUUAUGUUGGAGUUCGAUAGAUCUGCAUUUAUAAUUGCUUCAACUGCCACAGAAGAGGAGAUGUUAAACUGGUAUCGAGAGCAUGUUGUAUGGACUGAUAGAACUGUCAAUUUGAAAUUGCUGAGGAAGGGAAUUUUAGCUCGCAUAUAUGCUCCCAUGACCAUCAUCCAAGGUUUGAGGGAGUCUGGCGUAUUUGGUGAUGUCAUUGCAUCCGCUCAAGGAUCUCUCUCCAAGGACAAGUUUUUAGCAUCCAUUGGCAGCAGCAAUUCCUCAAGGACGACUUCUGGUUCUGAAUCAUUUUCAUCGAGGAAGAUAGGUAGGAACAUAGAGUCUCAGGCGACAGCUAGAAGAACUCUUGAAAUUAUUCCAUUUGUACCUCACGAACCAGCUGUCCCGCCAUUGUCUCCCCCAAUCAUGGAUGACGACCACCUUAUGAUUGAAGCAUAAGUCUCCUGCAUGAUUGCUGCUUUUUUCUUUCUAAUAUGAAACAACUGGAGAAACUGGGAUUUUCCUCUUUCGGGAUAAAGAGGAUUUGGAAGGAUCUAAGCAAGCAGAUCAGCAGCUGGGAUUCGUUUGUGUUUCUAUAAUUAGAUGUUCCCGAUCAUUACCCAAGCGGAAGUGUAUAUUUUUAUAGAGAACGAGAGAGAGAGAAAAGUCCAGGGUCGAGGAAUGGGAUUUCUGGCUCUAGAACUCGACGAUUUAGAUAUGCUGAUAAUUGGAUUAUGUAGAGAUUUCUAGCAUUGAUCAGCCAGAUUAUGAUAAUUGGAUUAUGUACAGAUUUCUAGCAUUGAUCUGCCAGAUCAUUGUAGUUGUAUAGUUCAAUUGGAAUUUAAUUGGGCAAAUUCUUAAUCUAUUAUCAUUAAACAGCA